AUAAAUUAAAACCGCUCAUUAACUAAUAAGAUAGGAUCCAUUGUAUUCUUCAUCAUUUCAUAGGGAUAUUAGUGUUAUUACCUCCAUGGCUAUUAGCAAACCACGUUUAGAUAUAUGCAGCAGUUCCCAAAAACAUAAUAAUAGACAUCGUUGGUUACACUCUUAUAUUCUCUCCAUCUUCAUCCUCUUCACCAUUAUCACCCUCUUCUUUCUCCUCCACACACCCUUCUACUCCCUUCAAACUCCACCACCACCAUUAUCAUGGAGUGUAAUGCACCAGUUGCAAAGUUAUUCCAUCUUCAACACCACUUCCUCCACAACCACCAUCAAAUCUAUGGUCCACAAGCUUCGUACUUCAGUCACGUUUCUUCCACUCAAGGAUCUUCGUUACUCCAAUGCAGCACUUGUAGGCCACACAUGGUUCUUGAGCUCCAUGUAUGAUACACACCAAGAAGGUGAAGUCCAAUACCAAAAGUUCCCAUCAGAAUCAUCACAUGGUAGGGUUCUAUGCCUGAAAGGACGUGACACCCAUGAUGGUUCCUGGAACUACUAUGCUCUGGCAUGGCCUGAAGCUUUGCCUUACAACACCACGUUCAUGAAAGGUUUAACCUUUGUGUCAUAUAAUCAUUACAACUAUGAUAACUUGUGGCAUGGUUUAACUGCUAUGCUCCCAUUUGUGGCUUGGCACAAGAUGAAUAAUUGUUCAAGAUUUCCAUCAAGGUGGGUUUUGUAUCAUAGGGGUGAGUUAAGGUUCAACAUGGGCCUAUGGUUAGGGACCAUGAUGGAGGCUACAUUUGAUGGGACACAAAAGAUUGAAAGAUUUGAUGGGCCUGGGCCUGGGCCUGUUUGUUUUGAGGAGGCUGUGGUUAUGAGGCACAAUGAGGGUGGCAUGUCAAGGGAGAGGAGAAUGGAGGUGUAUGAUUUGAUGAGGUUUAAGGCUAGGAUUUAUUGUAACAUGAGCAGUCUCAAUGAUAGAACAAGUGUUGAACUCAAUGAUAUUGGAAUGACAUUGCUUUUGAGGACAGGACCAAGAUCUUUUAAGAAUGAUUCAGUUGUGGCUGAAAUCUUUAAGAAAGAGUGUGAUAAGGUGGAAGGUUGCCGUUUUAGGAUUGCUUAUUCCAAUAAUCUUACCUUUUGUGAGCAGGUGAAAUUGAUGAGUAUGACAGAUAUGUUGAUAUCCCCACAUGGAGCUCAACUAACGAACAUGUUCCUGAUGGAAAGAAACAGCAGUGUGAUGGAAUUCUUCCCAAAAGGGUGGCUGAAACUAGCAGGUGUAGGGCAAUACGUUUACCAGUGGAUAGCAAGCUGGUCAGGGAUGAAGCAUGAGGGAAGUUGGAGGGACACCAUUGGAGAUCACUGUCCUUACCCUGAGCAUGAUUCAAGAUGCAUGCCUUUUUUCAAGAAUGCUAGAAUUGGAUAUGAUCACAAACAUUUUGCACACUGGUCUAGACGUGUUUUGGCUGAUAUCAGAACAAGAAAGAUUCAUCAAGCUUCAAUCAUCAACACCACCAUCUUACCACCACCAACUACUACUUCUGUUCGUUCUUCUUGUUUACUAAACAAAUACUAAAUACUUCAUCUAUCACUCUAUAUAUAUGGUACUUUUUUUUAAGGGAUGAUGCAAACAAUUGCCUACAAUUGCAAUAGGAUCCUGGCAUCUACAAAGCUUUACAGAUCCCACAUUAUUAUGGCAGAGUUGAAAUUAGCUCCAAAUAAAGCAUCUACCUGCUUUUGAAACUUGUCAUUACUACUGCACAAGUGCAUAAAUUAAAGCCGCCCAACUCACCACAAUUUUAUGGUUCUUGCAGAAAUAGCUCAACCUUUGGGACCACUACUCAACAUCACAUAUUCCAUUCCAACUCA